AGUCCAGACAGUUGAAAACCGAGCCGAGUCGGUCCGUCGCGUCGCGAUCAAUUCCGUAUUUUUAUCUGUGAUUUAAUUGUUGUUUUGGAGUUUGGUUAUGAUGACCAAUCCUCAACCUGUUGUCUCAUCUGCCUGCGAGCAUCUUUGGCGAAACUCCAUACCGAGCCCAGUGAGUUUUCCGAGCCUACUAGAGAUCCUUAUGCCACACCAAUGGGACUCCGAUUGAAUGCAGGUCCUCACGCGAGCACGUUGGCGAAGAGGCCCUGCCGCCGCCUGGCCGUGGAGGGCGGUGUGCUGUGCGCCCCACUGGGGGCGCUCGGAGGGGCGCUGGGGGCCACGCUGGCCGCCGGGGUCGGCAUGGACAUGGUGGGCCUGGACAGGCUCGAGCCCCUGGAGGCGUGCCUGCCGCCGGGGCCGCCGCCGCCCUGGUUCGGCGACCACCACCACCACCACCCGCACCACCCUCACCACCUGCCCGCCGUCCUGGCGCCGCCACCGCCGCCGCCACCACCGCCACCGCCGCCGGACUUCUCAGGGUGCUCCUUCAUGUCGUACCUCGCCGCCGCCCGGGACGCCGCCGCCAUGGCGCAGCCCGCCGCCGCCUCCAGCCUGGCGGCGCGCAAGCUGGCCGCGGCCGCGCUCGAGAACGCCGUGGACGCCGCCGUGUACGCGACGCUGCGAGCGGCCGGCCAGCAGCAGGACGAUGAUCAGAUGACCCGUAACAUCCAAGUGAAGGCAUCGGAGGCAGCUGACCCUCGGGGUGACCGGAAGCUCUUCGUGGGCAUGCUCAGUAAGACACAGACAGAAGAGGAUGUCCGUCUGCUGUUCUCUGCCUACGGCACCAUAGAGGAGUGCACCGUCAUUCGGAGCCCCGACAACACGAGCAAAGCCGGCUGUGCCUUUGUCAAGUUCUCGACGCCCCAGGAAGCCGCGAGCGCCAUCACCGCCCUCCAUGGCAGUCAGACUAUGCCCGGUGCCUCGUCGAGCUUAGUGGUAAAGUACGCCGACACCGAAAAGGAGCGACAGCUACGUCGUAUGCAGCAGAUGGCCGGCAACAUGAACGUCCUAAGUCCGUGGGUGCUGAACCAGUUCGCAACAUUUAGCAAUUACGCGCAGCAGCAGGCGCUGGUGGCUGCCACCACGUCGCCCGCCAGCUACAUGGCGCCCAUCGCGGCGCUGGCCCCGCUGCCGCACGCGCUGGGCCCCGCCGUGCCCACCUCGCAGGGGCAGGCCGUCAACGGCACGCUGCCCAGCCUGCCGUCGCCCACCAUGCCCACCUUCACCGUGGCGGCCCAGACCCCCAACGGCCAGCCGACGGCGUCCGACUCGCCCGUGUACACCACGGGCAUCCCGCCGCCAGCUUACCCCAACCAUGCGCUUGCUCUGUCCAUUCCAGCGCAAGGGCUGUCGGCUGGCGAGGGAACGCUGCACCCGGCCGCCUACUCGGCUCUCCAGCCAUUUCCACCAGUAGCGUACCCUGGUCCUGUUUAUCCACCAUUCACUCCAGCACCACCACCCGCUUGCCCUCCCCCUCCGCAUCAGUCCACUGUGAUUCAUUCUGGUGAAGGAGGCAACAAAUUUGGCCCUGACGGAUGUAAUCUCUUUAUCUACCAUUUGCCUCAGGAAUUUGGCGAUGGCGAGUUAUGCCAGAUGUUUCUUUCGUUCGGUCUCAUAUUGAGUGCCAAAGUAUACAUCGACAGAGUCACUAAUCAAAGCAAAUGCUUUGGAUUUGUAUCUUUCGACAACCCAUCAAGUGCUCAAGCUGCUAUAGCAGCAAUGAAUGGUUUCCAAAUAGGAAUGAAAAGGCUCAAAGUGCAGCUCAAAAAGCCCAAAGAUAUGGGCCGGCCUUAUUAAAGUGCGUCUGUGUCAGCGCAACAUAUCGCAUACGAGCGACCAUAAAGAACGUGUUGUUAUUUUCUCUUGUAAAUUCUUUUUACCGCUUCUCUUCCAUUGCCUCACUAACUUAAUUUGGAAGGGGCUAAAAAUUAACGUACAGUCACCGUGCUUAAGUCAAUUUUUACGAACGUAAGUACACCUUACGUUAUUUAGGGGACUCGGUUUUUGUUUUAGUAAUGAAAGAGCAGAGAAAUAAUUAUUGAAUAUUGUCUACUUUGACGUAUUGAUGCACAUUUAUGCACAUGUAUUGUGUGUUCACGUUCUGGUUUUCCGAAAGUAUUGUACCUGAUCAAUGGAAGGUAAAAGCUAUCUAUGAAUUUGGGUCAUUACACCACAGAAACAAGUAUUCGUAAAGUUCGUUUGAAAUGGAUGUAAAAUUAAACAAAAAGGGUGUAGAAAUUAAGUAAAGUACCAACGGUUGACUUAAAAAUUAUAUUUAUUUAUUUGUAACUCAUUUACUGUAGUUUUAAGAAUAGAAGUCUUUACGUAUGCAUUUUGCAUUCAGUUUCUAACACGAAACUGCCAGAGAGUUUCCUCUCUACUAUUACCAUUACUAUUACUAUUAUGGUUAUUAUUAUUGCAGUGAUUUUAUAGUGAUAUUCUAUCUUUGGGGCUAACGCUAUCGUUUAGCAUGGUUAGCGCACGUUGUACUUAUUAAAAUUUUAGGAGCUCAAACGCUCAUUGUUUGGUUAUUCUCUUUUUAAUUCUAGUCAUUAGUGACAUUUUUAGGUGAAAAGAUGGAUCGUUGAAUUUUGGUGUGUAAUUUAUCAAUGGAGAUUCUUUGCGCGUUGCAAUUAUCGUUCUUGUUAUAAUUUUUGAAUCUUUCAAUGCCUUUGAUGGGGCAAUAAUGUUUAGUCCCGAACAGUAUUUGACACAUGUUAGUCCAGGUCUGAUGGUAUGACUGACACGUACGCUAACACAAAUUAAUAGCCUACAAUAUCACAUUAAUCCGUAGGCCUACCUAUAGGGAAUGCUUGGGAGUAGUCGAGAAGACGGCUCUUUUACUCUUUCUUUACGCAUAAGAGAUCUUCGGAUUAAAAUAUGUCUCUUUCCUAAGACAAUUAUAAGGAACCAAUUUUCCAAACGACUCUGUAACCAACAUACGACCAAAUUGCACAUUCCUUUGCUCUUUGCUUUCUUUUACUUGGUCACAUUCCCACUCGAUGUCCCAGAAACGUAGUUGGUUUGUGACAAUUGUGAUGUGGCGUACUGUUCUCUUUGCCUUUGUCUUAAUUCACUUUAAUCAACUUGUGAAGGGAAAUGACUGCACAAAUAAUGCCGAAGCUUCAAGAAAUCGCUCGUUUUAAUCACAAAUCACUAGAGCAUGUCAUAUUUGGGUCAGUCAUAAGUGCCAACAAGUUGUGAUAAAUAAGUCUAAGCUGUCACCUUACUCUGUGGAACAUAUAUCAUUUCGAAUUAUGAGAUCAGAAAAAGAAAAUCACUAAUAGUUAUCGGUGUUUCCUUUUUUCGGAAAGGGUUCCUUGAUAUAUAUUUUGUGGAAAAACUAGCUCUGAUCUGGGCCGUUAUCUCGGACUACAUUAGGAAAUAUGAAAUUGGAACAUUAAUUUUUCUCGUGUUACUCUUACUCUUUUGUGUGCGCUCUUAUUUAGAGAGUUUGAGCACAAUUGCAGUCCUUUAUACAUUUAUCUAGAGUUAAAAGCACAGUAUACUAAUAGCUGAUGGGCCCACUGCUUCGAAUUGUGGCACCUGUCACUUAUGAGGUCAAUUGUUCGCAGCAUUAAAGAAUAAAGACGCUAAAAUGUCCUUUAUUGCUUUAACACAGGGUAUUUCAUAUUCAUAUUUUUGUCCCAGAUGUACUGCUCUUCAAGGUGUCACGUGUCGAAAGUUUUGCGAUUAUUUCUAAGCACUCCGGGCAGAACUCCUAACCACGACAAUAAUUUAAGUCCAUACCGGCACCUGUACUCACACGCUGAGCAACUGGUAAAUCUGUGAGCGUCUAUUGCACUAAUUUCUCUUAACCUUUUAUUUAAUGCGGCACAUCUCGUAACGACCUGCAGACCUGAUUCAGGCUCUUGAAGUGACAACUUCCAACGUCACAAGUUUACUAAAUUGCGUACACUACGUCGGGGCCGUAAUCGUAUCAAAUGUACGUUAUAAAUCACGGGUGACUUUGUAAAAUACUAAAUUUAUUGUUAAGGUGGACCCCGACAUCAAAAUUUUGCCUGUAUGGUACCGGUCUUAGGUCAGUUUCAGUGAAAUGCAUUUUUUGAGCUUGCACUCUAGACCAUCUUAAGACCGCUGAAAAAUGGGUCAAGGACAUAAAAUGAAUUGAUAUUCAGGUGUAGAAGCAUAAACUAACUUAAUCCAGUAGUUUUCUCGUAUAGGAACACUCUUCACGACCAGUAAUAUAUCUGGAUAGUAAUUACCUUACAAGGCGCCCUGUGUAUCCUAUUUUGUUGUAAGGUACUGUGCUGUAAUUAAAUUUAUUUCAAGUAGAGUAUACGUUUUGAUAAAAUGUACUAUUCUUGUAUUGAAAAAGAAAAUUGUUACGUUGUGAAGUGCGCUCUCUAGUUAUAAUAUUAUUUCGUUGUCUGUUGAAACUUUCUACAUCUUUAGAAGUAAUUGCUGGCUAUGAGCAGUGAGAGAGCAUAGGUGAACGUUAUAUGGGUUUGUUUCCAUGCAAAACGAUUGCAUAUUUAGUAGGCGUUGUUUAAGCCUUGUUUUGUUUUCUAUAUUCUGAAGAUGCUGUAGUUUAGCAUACCAUUUGCUCGUUCAUUCGAGUGUAGCUAAUUAUUUCACAUUUGACUCUAAUUCAAUUUCAAAGUUUUAAGAUAUCUGAAAUAUGCGAGCUUUGACUUUUUCAUACACGUCUUGUUAAGAGGCAAUUUCAAACAAAAAUAAUCUUCAUAUCAAUAUGAUUAAAAUAUUUGAAAAUUGA